AACUCCCUAAAUAAAGUGUGGCAAAUGAUCCAAUCUCCCGAUAACCGGGACCGCGACACCCAGGGGCAGAGCUGCCAUUGCAAUCCAUCGGAGAUAUCUCCGCCGCCGCCGUCCCCACCGCCGCUUCCGCGCCAUGCUCCGCCUCCGAGAGUGCGUCGUUUCCCUUCUCCUCUCUUCUCCAUCCACCUCUGCAAUCUUCCCACUCCGCCGCUUCCUCUCGGCCACCGCGUCGGCCCCCAUUCCCCCAAAUCCCAGUGGCUUCGCCGUGGAGGAGUACCUCGUCGCCGCCUGCGGCCUCACCCGGGCCCAAGCCAUCAAGGCCUCCCCGAAGCUCGCCCACCUCAAGUCGCCCGCCAAUCCCGACGCCGUGCUCGCCUUCCUCUCCGGCCUCGGCCUCUCCGGCGCCGACGCCGCCGCCGCCGUCGCCAAAGACCCGCGGCUACUCUGCGCCAAAGUGGACAAAACCCUGGCCCCUAAGGCCGUCGGGCUCGCCGGCAUAGGCCUCUCGCGCCCUGAGAUCGCCCGCCUCGUCUCCCUCGGCCCCGAGUGCUUCCGCUCCAGACACAUCGUCUCCAAGCUGCAGUACUACCAUCCCCUCUUCGGCUCCUUCCACAACUUCCUCCGGGCGUACGAGCGCUCCUCCUAUCUUCUCUCGCGGGACCUUGAUAAGAUUAUCAAGCCCAAUGUCGCGUUCCUGCACGAGUGCGGGCUAGCUGCUUGUGAUAUUGUCGAGCUGGUCAUGUACAGGCGGGGGAUCCUGACCACCAACCCGGGGCGCCUCCGGGCGAUGGUGGCAUGCGCCGAAGGUAUAGGCGUGCCCCGUGGCUCUGGGAUGUUCAGACAAGCGCUGUAUGCUGUCGCAUUCCAAAGCGAGGAGAAGAUUGCCGCCAAAGUGGACUACUUGAAGACCACGCUCAGGUGGUCUGCUGCUGAGGUGGGCAUCGCUGUGUCUAAGGCUCCGAUGCUGCUGAGGAGGUCAAAGGACACGCUGCGGAGCAAGUCCGAGUUCCUGGUGUCUGAGGUGGGGUUGGAACCAACGCUCAUUGCUCAUCGCCCGAUAGUGCUCACUUACAGCCUGGAGGGCCGGCUCAGGCCCCGGCACUACCUUCUAAAGUUUGUCAAGGCAAAUGGGUUGCUAGAUCGUGAUCACAGCUACAUCUGCGCGGUCGGUUUGACGGAGAAUGUUUUCGUGAAGAAGUUUGUGUGCCCUCACAUCGAAGCUGCGCCGCACCUUGCUGAAGACUAUGUGGCUGCUUGCCGAGGAGAGGUACCCACUAGGUUCAUAUUUGAUUGAACCAGGAUCCUGCUGUUAAAAUGUGUAACUGUGUAUGGCACAGCAAAGUUUACAUUCUGUGCAGUAAGCUGGUUAGUCCCCUUCCUGUGUUGUUCGCCAAAACAGACAGACGCUUGUUAUCCUCUCUAAAAUGGCAGUUCAGUCUUCAAUAAUUAGAUUCUGAU